GAGCUGGAACAUUUCUGUAAGGAAGGGUGGAAUAAAAUUACCAAAUGAAGAUGAGUGAAGCUGAGUUUACCAGUCAGGCACCACAGGUCCCAACCACCACCACCCUGCCUCUACCACCACCACCACAACUCCCACCUCUACCACCACUACCGCAGCGCCCACCCAGCCAUGAAGUGUACAGUCAAUCACACAGAACCCCUUCAGUCACCAGGACCAGUACUUACCCUGCAGUGUUGUCCAACCAAGCAGCCAGUCCCCCGUUGGAAACCUCACAUCUUUUUCUGACAUCCAGCCAUGGAGAGUUUACCAGUCAGGCACCACAGCUCCCCACCACCACCACCCUGCCUCUACCACCACCAUCACCUCUACCACCACUACCACAGCUUCCAACGAUUUCGCCUCUGCCAGCACCACCACAGCUUCCAUCGAAGUCACCUCUUUUUCGAACAUCCAGCCAUGGAGAGUUUACCAGUCAGGCACAGCAUCAUCCAUCAAAUCAGCAAAUCAGCAUCCAGCAAGAUUUUUGCAGACUUGUUCUGCAGCACCUCCGGACGAUUGAGGAGGAGAUUAAGGAGGUUAAAGGCGUCACGCAGUGGCGAUAAAAGUCGCAUUAUUCUGCACCAGAAUGCUUUCGAGAUUCGAAAUAAAUUGACCGUCGAUUUUUCAAAAGCUUCCCACGGUUGUAAUCGGUCCUUAUUUGAUCAUGCCCAUCACUUGAAAUUUUCCGCGUUCGCAGCGCCCCCUCUCGGUCAAUGGAACAGCUGCGUGACGUCAUACCAGUAACCACUCGGUGCAGUUGCAAUGACGGACACACCAGAAAAUAGGAGCGAUGCUGAGGAAAUUAGCUUUGAUUUUACCGAUACAGAAGAAGAAAAUGGCCCACAAGUAGAGAUUUUGACAGCUGAAUGUCCUGGUGGUAUCCAGCCUUACAGAUUUGAACCUGAGCGCUCAUCUUCAGAAGAAAAUGAGGACAGUUCUGACGACGACAGAAACGAAUACGAGAAUGAAGAAGACCGGCGACUUGAAGACUUGUUUUGGUUGGUUUCUCUGACUAAAUCACUACUUGUGUGUAUUUUUAAAGACCAUUUUCACUUGAAUUAGAAUGCUGUGUGAUUAAUCUAUGAUUAUGUGUAAUACUGAUAGCUGUAGGGGUGAAAGUAUAGCUAGAAAGAUUGAAUUCUAGCAACUUGACAGCUUGCGAUCUCGCGAAAUGCAGUGGGCCUUCUGAUACAGUAGACCCCUUGAUAUUCCAGUUUUCAUCAUUUUCCUUUUAUUGCGGUUGAUUUUAACUUGAUAUU